GCGAGCCGGCCCCCUACGCACGGGCCGCAGGAAACAAUAGAGGCCGCGCGCGGAGCGAGCGCCCCGUCGCCUCCCCGCCCCUCCUGCAACGCACGACCCCGGGAUAUCCCCCCCCUCCAACCCCUCCCGGCUCGCCUGCCGCCAUGGCUGACAAGGAAGCAGCCUUUGACGACGCGGUGGAGGAACGUGUGAUUAACGAGGAGUACAAAAUAUGGAAAAAGAACACCCCUUUUCUUUAUGACUUGGUGAUGACCCAUGCCCUGGAGUGGCCCAGCUUAACUGCCCAGUGGCUUCCAGAUGUAACCAGGCCUGAAGGAAAAGAUUUCAGCAUUCAUCGGCUUGUCCUGGGAACACACACAUCGGAUGAACAAAACCACCUGGUGAUAGCCAGUGUGCAGCUCCCUAACGAUGAUGCUCAGUUUGAUGCAUCACACUACGACAGUGAAAAAGGAGAAUUUGGAGGUUUUGGUUCUGUCAGUGGGAAAAUUGAAAUAGAAAUCAAGAUCAACCAUGAAGGAGAAGUCAACAGGGCUCGGUACAUGCCCCAGAACCCUUGCAUCAUUGCAACAAAGACUCCCUCCAGUGAUGUCCUUGUUUUUGACUAUACAAAGCAUCCUUCUAAACCAGACCCUUCUGGAGAGUGCAACCCAGACUUACGUCUCCGUGGACAUCAGAAGGAAGGUUAUGGACUUUCUUGGAAUCCGAAUCUCAGCGGGCACUUGCUUAGUGCCUCAGAUGACCAUACCAUCUGCCUAUGGGACAUCAGUGCAGUUCCAAAAGAAGGGAAAGUGGUGGAUGCGAAGACCAUCUUCACAGGGCACACGGCGGUAGUGGAGGACGUUUCCUGGCAUCUUCUCCAUGAGUCUCUGUUUGGGUCAGUUGCUGAUGAUCAAAAACUUAUGAUUUGGGAUACUCGUUCAAACAAUACUUCCAAGCCAAGCCACUCAGUUGAUGCUCACACUGCUGAAGUGAACUGCCUUUCUUUCAAUCCUUACAGUGAAUUCAUUCUGGCCACAGGAUCGGCUGACAAGACUGUUGCCUUGUGGGAUCUGAGAAAUCUGAAACUCAAGUUGCAUUCCUUUGAAUCACAUAAGGAUGAAAUAUUCCAAGUUCAGUGGUCACCUCACAAUGAGACUAUUUUAGCUUCCAGUGGUACUGAUCGUAGGCUGAAUGUCUGGGACCUAAGUAAAAUUGGAGAAGAACAGUCCCCAGAAGAUGCAGAAGAUGGCCCACCAGAGUUGUUGUUUAUUCAUGGUGGCCACACUGCCAAGAUAUCUGAUUUCUCUUGGAAUCCCAAUGAACCUUGGGUGAUUUGUUCUGUAUCAGAAGACAAUAUCAUGCAAGUGUGGCAGAUGGCAGAGAACAUUUAUAAUGAUGAAGACCCUGAAGGAAGUGUGGAUCCAGAAGGACAAGGCUCCUAGACAUGUCUGCACUUGUGAUUUUAGACCCCUUGUUUUCCUCUGAAGCCUUGAGAUGGAUUUAACAUUGGUUUGAGACACAGACUUUAUUCAGUUCUCUGGCUACAGUAAGUGCCACCAACAGUGCUAUUAGCCCAAACCAUGGGUAUUUUCUAAAUCUUAAAACCUGAGGACUUAAUUCAACAAAGCCUUGUUGGUGGGCACCUGUCAGAGAGCUGAACGAAGUUUGUUUUUGUUGUGUGUGGGGGUUUUUUGUUUUUGUUUUAACUUGGGACCACCAAGUUGUAAAGAUGUAUGUUUUUACCUGGCAGUUGUACCACUGGUGAACUGUCAAGUUGAGAAAGAUUGAAUUGAUAGUUUGUAUUUGUUUUUAAAAUUAAAUUAAUCCUUGAUAAGAGUUGCUUUUUUUAGGGGUUAGUCUUUGACCACUAUAGUUUGAUGCCAUCUCCAUUUUGGUUGACCUGUCUCACCAUCAGGCCUGUUACUCUCCAUGACUAACUGUGUAAGUGCUUAUAAUGGAAUAAAUUGCUUUUCUAUAUA